AUGGAAGUGCCAAUACAACUGGCCUUUCCGCUGUAGGAGGACGAAUGACCUUCCUCCAGUCUCUGCCCAUAGACGUCGAAAUACGCCAAAACGACAGCAUGUUGUCCGUCAAACCCCUGAUACACGUAGUCGUCCGACAUCAUAUCAGAGAAUUCGUCCCACAAAUCUUGUGCAUAGCGGGUGUUGAGGUGCUGCUUGGUUCCAUCGAUGUUCUGAUUGUCGUCCACAGUCGGAUCGUUUUCGAUGUCGAUGCGAGCACAAUCCGGCCCCUUAUACAUGUACUUGAAGAGGUACUUGACGGCUGA